AGCACGAGCUCAAGUUCGUCGCUAGCUUCUCUGUUCGCAGGUUGUUAAAGUUAUACACCGACGCACGCACACAAAUAUGAGCAACACACAAAACGGAGAGGCUUUUGAACCCAUUACUGUGCACAAUUUCUCGGAGAGGAUUUUAGAGCAGCUCGUACACUUUCACGUGAUGAAGCUGAACGGAGGUUUCUUCCUGUGGGUCGGUUCGAGUCCGGUUCUGUCAAACCUGGCCGUCUCGAUGUGCAGCAAAUAUGAUUCGAUGCCUAUAUCUACACUAGUCAUGGGGGACCCAUCCAAUAUCACUCCAAAUUCCUUGGCACAGAGAUUAGAUGCCAACCGAGUGUCAAGUCCUCUUCACAAGAUGAUAUGCAAACCCCCCGAAAUCAAAGAGGACCAAAAAGCAAGUAUUUGUGAGUUACAGUCUUCCAGUGACGGCAUCCAACCUCAGUCUUCUGGUGGAAGGCCGGAUCAAAAAGGAGUUGGAGCUUCACCCUGAACACUUUUGAGCACAUUUGAUUGUACAUUUUUGUUUAUUGAACUGUUUUGUGUAGAACUGAGGACAUGUAGGAAGAGGGGCAGCUUAAAGCAGCAGGUGCUUCUGCUUCUUCUAUUUGGACUGAUGUACUCCAGCAUAUACUGUAAUGCUACUUCAACACAAUAACCACACACUGUCACAUCAAGUGUUCUUUUAUUGACAUAAUAAAUUAAGUGGUUUAAUAUCAAAACA